CAACAGCCCAUCCCGCCCUUGCUCUCAAUAAUGGCUACCCGUACAAUUGAGGCGCGCUUCGAGCGCAUGUCCGUCAACGAUGAGAAUGAUCCCCUUGGCGACGGCUCUAAGCUCUACAGCAAGACAAAGACUAUGGUCUCAUCUACCACAUCACAAAGUAUACAUGGAGCCUCUCGACCCAACCUCUUCAAAGUCGCCCUCCAGUCGCAAAGCAGCAAUACCAACGCCGCUGUGAUGCUGCCAUCUCAGGCUGCUCAACGAAAAGUCAACAACGCGCCUCCAUCUCCUACAAGAAAAGCACUUCCAUCUUCCUCAAGGACGUCGGAUGAAGCUCAAGAUGAACGAAAAUCAGUCACACUGCCAGAGCAAAUCAGCGUCCCUAAGCAGUUCCACCUCGGCAUGUUCGAGAUUGGUCGGCCUCUAGGCAAGGGCAAGUUUGGACGAGUGUACCUUGCUCGAGAAAGAACAACUGGCUUCAUCUGCGCCCUCAAGGUCCUCCACAAGAAUGAAUUGCAAGCAGGUCGUGUUGAGAAGCAGGUUCGCCGAGAGAUCGAGAUUCAAAGCAACCUGAGACACCCCAACAUUCUUCAACUCUACGGCCACUUCCACGAUAGCAAGCGAGUAUUUUUGAUUCUCGAAUUCGCUGGUAAGGGUGAACUGUACAAACACCUCCGAAAAGAGAGCCGGUUCCCCGAGUGGAAGGCAGCCCAGUACAUCGCCCAGAUGGCAUCGGCAUUGCGAUACCUGCAUCGAAAGCAUGUCAUCCAUCGGGACAUCAAGCCUGAGAACAUCUUGGUUGGCAUCCAUGGUGAGAUCAAAAUCUCGGAUUUCGGAUGGAGUGUGCACGCUCCCAACAACCGAAGGAAGACCAUGUGUGGUACUCUUGACUAUCUCCCUCCUGAGAUGAUCAAGCCCGGUACCUCUGACAACUUUUACAACGAGAAGGUUGACCUGUGGAGUUUGGGCGUCCUGACGUAUGAGUUCCUCGUGGGUGAAGCGCCCUUCGAGGAUACGCCAGUGAUGACUCAACGAAGGAUUGCUCGUGCUGACAUGUCGAUUCCUUCAUGGGUCAGUCCUGAGGCUACUGACCUCAUCAAGAAGCUCCUGGUGUUGGACCCUGAGAAGCGAAUUCCUCUUGAGCAGAUUCAGCAACACCCCUGGAUCAUCAAGCACUGCGUCAAGGGUGAGCGUGCUUCUAACCGCGAGAAGGGGCAAUAAUGAUAUAACGACAAAUAAUAUGAAUGGAUAACGGUUGAAAGGCGUUUAUCGGCAAUUGAUUGACUGAUUUUCUAAUAAUCAAGGACGGAACCUGGCCGUUUGCAUCAGCUGGAGUACGG